ACGCAGCUCAUGAGGAAGUGCGUGACGUUCCCGUGAUCCCUUGCGCCAGAACGCGUUUGUUCCGUAGAGCUUCACCAUGGCUAGCGACGGGCCGCCGGGCGCUGAUUCAAAUGUAGACUUUAACACAUGGACUCACGGCGAGCUGCAGGCCAAACUGGCCGAGUUUGUAGCACCUAAUAUGGGUCCCAGAGAGGAGCUCAUAGACAGACUGAAAUCUUAUGCACAGUCUGGGAUGAUUUUAACUAAGCCGAACAUGUCAGGAGGAGAUGCCAAGAGCAUGACUACGAUGCCAGGUCUGCCGCCCAUGCCCCCGAUGCCCUCAAUGCCCCUGCCGCCGGGCAUGAACAUGAUGCAGGCCAUGAACAUGAUGGGGGGCCCUCCACCCAUCCAUAUGGGCAUUGAGCCGCCCGGCAUGAUGCAGCACGAUGACAGAGCCGCGCAGGGUGAUGCACGUGUGAUGGAUGAGCAGAUGAAGGAGCAGGAACUCUUAGAGCAGCAGAAACGGGCUGCUGUGCUUCUGGAACAUGAGAGGCAGCAGGAACUUGCUAAAAUCCAGCAGGGGUCGGCACCAGGCACCAGAGGACCUGAACUGGGACCACGACCCAACCUCCUGCCCCCCAUCCCGCCUCUCAGAGUUGGGACUCUGAGUGGCCCCGCCCCUCCAGGUGUUUCUAUGAUGCCCCAAUCUGUCAAUCAGCGACAGAAAGUCCCGCCUCCUCCGGGGGAAGACGGCAGAGAGUCGUGGCAGGGUGAAGAUGUCGGCAUCGGGCCGAAGAUUCCUCAGGCUCUGGAGAAGAUCCUGCAGCUGAAGGAAAUGAGGCAGGAGCAGCUCAGCACCGCCCCUACAGAGGAGGAUGAUGAUGAACAGACCGGCGAGAUGGACUUGAACAGUUCCUCUGCCCGCGGAUUCUCCGAUGAGGACGAUGAAAGCGGUCUUUCUAAAAAAGACAAAAACCGCAAGCGCAGGAACAGGAAGAAGAAGAACAAGAAGAAGAGGCAGCAGGAAAAGGAGCAGCAGGAGGAGGAGAAAAAGAAAGAGGAGAGCCGUGACAAGGAGCCCGAGGUGGAGAUCGAGUAUGUGACGGAGGAGCCUGCGAUCUACGACCCAAGCUACAUCAUCUUCAAGAGGAUCUUUGAGACGUUCAAGCUGUCAGAUGAUUUGAAAAAGGAGAAGGAAAAGGAGCCAGAGAAGCCCGAAAAGCCAGAAAUCCUUUCAUUUAAGAAGAAGGGGUUUGAACUGGAGAAGCAAGACAGCGAUGACAGUGACGAGGAAAACAAGAAGGACAUGCCCAAGCUGUCCAAAAAGAAACUGAGGAGGAUGAACAGGCUGACGGUGGCAGAACUCAAACAGCUCGUGGCGCGUCCAGAUGUGGUGGAGAUGCACGACGUGACGGCGCAGGAGCCCAAGCUGCUGGUGCACCUGAAGGCCUCCAGGAACACGGUGCCUGUGCCACGUCACUGGUGCUUCAAGAGGAAGUACCUGCAGGGCAAGAGAGGCAUAGAGAAACCUCCGUUUGAGCUGCCCGAGUUCAUCAAGAGAACCGGCAUCCAGGAGAUGAGAGAAGCCCUGCAGGAGAAGGAAGACGCCAAAACCAUGAAGACCAAAAUGAGAGAGAAAGUUCGGCCCAAGAUGGGGAAGAUCGACAUCGACUACCAGAAGCUGCAUGACGCCUUCUUCAAAUGGCAGAUCAAACCGAAGCUCACGAUACACGGGGACCUGUAUUAUGAGGGAAAAGAGUUCGAGACGCGGCUGAAGGAGAAGAAACCAGGGGAUCUGUCCGCUGAGCUGCGAAUCGCGCUCGGGAUGCCCACAGGACCCAACUCUCACAAAGUUCCCCCGCCAUGGCUGAUCGCCAUGCAGAGAUACGGACCUCCACCCUCGUAUCCAAACCUGAAGAUCCCCGGCCUCAACGCCCCCAUCCCUGAGGUCAGAAACUCUCACAAAGUUCCCCCGCCAUGGCUGAUCGCCAUGCAGAGAUACGGACCUCCACCCUCGUAUCCAAACCUGAAGAUCCCCGGCCUCAACGCCCCCAUCCCUGAGGCCAAAGCAGAGGAGGAGGAAGUAGAUCGAACCCCGUGGGGCGAGCUGGAGGCGUCUGAUGAAGAGUCAUCUGAGGAAGAGGAGGAGGAGGAGAGCGACGAGGAGAAACCAGAUGAAACGGGCUUCUUCACACCAGCAGACAGCGGGAUGAUCACUCCGGGCGGCUUCUCAUCCGUUCCUGCUGGCAUGGAGACUCCAGAGCUCAUCGAGCUCAGGAAGAAGAAGAUCGAGGAGGCCAUGGACGGAAACGAGACGCCUCAGCUGUUCACGGUGCUGCCGGAGAGGAAGGCGGGGGCGGUCGGGGCCGCUAUGAUGGCGUCCACACACAUCUACGACAUGUCUACGACGGUGACGAGCCGUAAGGUGGGCGGAGUCUCGGGGCUGGGCGGAGACUCUCAGGCUGUGGAGGUGGCUCUGGCGCCGGAGGAGCUGGAGCUCGACCCCAUGGCCAUGACGCAGAAGUACGAGGAGCACGUCAGAGAGCAGCAGGUGGAGAAAGAGGACUUCAGCGACAUGGUGGCCGAACACGCCGCCAACCAGAAGCAAAAGAAGCGCAAGGCGCAGCCGCAAGACACGCGCUCUGGAGCGAAGAAAUACAAAGAGUUCAAGUUCUAGGCCUGAGCUGCGGGAGACCAGCCCCUCUCAUCCUUCAUUUCUUAUUCCUUUUAACUGCUGAUGUCGUGUAGAAGCGCCCUUGUGUUUGUACGUCACAUGACAGUGAGCGACGUUUUUCAUUUAUGCUCCAUGUUUUUGUAAAUAAAAUGCUAGUCCGUGACAAA